AUGAGAGCUAUUACACAUCCAAAUGAUUUUACAAUGCCUGAAAUUCCAAUAUCUGAUGAUAAUAUACUUCCAUUUAUCAUUAUCGGUUGUGUAGCGAUUGGAUCCAUUUGUAUUCAUUUUCUUGUAACAUUUAUUCUAAGAAGAGUUGCAACUAAUUCUGGAUGGACUUUUGAUCAUGAAAUUGUUAAACAUUGUUCAAAACAGACUCUUUUCAUGUUUCCGGUUGUAUCUAUUCUUAUAUCAACCUCAUUUUUCCCAGACGUUGACCCAAACAUAAUGAAUCCAAUUCGUCACUUUUUAGUAAUAUCUUUAAUAAUAUUUGCUACGUGGGCUGCAUUUGGAUUUGUAAAAGCUUCAUCAAUUACCAUAGCCCGAAAUCACUUCUUUAGAUCCCGAAAAUCACAAACUCAAAUCAUAGUCACCACCAGAGUCGCUUACGGCAUAGUUGGUUUAUUAAGUGCUGCUUGUGUAAUUUUAACUUUUCCACAGGGUUGGGAACUUGGUGCAAGUUUAUUGGCCAGUGCUAGCGUUACCGCCUUAUUUAUUGGGCUUGCGGCAAAACCUUCUUUAGAGAAUUUGAUAGCAUCUUUGCAAAUUGCUUUGACUCAACCUCUAUUAUUGGAUGAUUAUGUCGUUAUAGAUGGUUUUGCUGGAACUGUUGAGGAAAUUAAAUCUCAAUAUAUAGUAUUGAGAAGUUUAGAAGAAAGACGAUUUAUAAUCCCAUUAUCUCGUGUGACUACCUACACUUUUCAAAAUUGGUCCCGCACAAAUGAAAGCAUAUCCACAACGUUUAAUUUAUUUGUUGAUUAUGGUAUUCCACUUGAAGAUUUGAGACAUCAAUUUUUUAGCCUUGUAGAAAAAAAUGAUCGUUGGGAUAGGAGAGAUGCUUCUUUAAAUAUUUCGGAGGCUAAAGAAAAUUCAUUGAUGUUGGCGGGUACCAUCGAAUACAUAGUGACUACAUAUCCGCAAUAUCUUCCUCGAGCACGAUCUGAGCAUGUACCAUCACGAACCGGUGUUGAUAGCAUGAAAAAAGUUGUUCCAAAAAUGGACGAAGCAAUUAUUUUAUAA